CCUCUCAUGGCAGUUUCCGUUAAUCCGUUAUCGUCGAGUUCAGUCGAAUUGACGUUGCGGCGUUUGUGUUCGUUUCUCGCCGCGAUUUAGCAAUUUGUUGCAAUGGAUAGAAAGUCGCGUGCAAAAAGAGUGUCUAUUUUAAAACCACCUAAAGUGGAUUUGACUGAAGAAGUGGAAGCUACAAAAGUUAAUCAUAAAGUCCGAUUCUCUAGCAACUUUGUUAAAGAGUUUGUUCCUGUAACAGAUGGAGAUCACCACACACUUUGGGAUGCAACAUAUGAAGAAGAAAUUGAAAAAUCAAGCACUUUAACAUCACAUUCACAGCUUUCUUCAUCUGGGAAUGUUUCAACAAGUACCUCUUGUAUUACUAAAAUAAAUAGUAAAAACGUUCUACAAGUACAGCAAGAUAAGAACAAUGUUUCAAAUUCAAACUUCAGUAUCGAUAUACAAAAUGAUGCCAAAAGAACAAAAGACUUUCAGUCUCCCAAAGACAGUGUACCAAGUUUUGUUAAAAAGGCUGCUGCAAGAAAUGCUAAGAAGCAGAAGGAACAAAAAACACAACCAUAUGAUCAAAACACCCCAAAUGCAACCAUAAGUAAAACAAAAUCACCUAUUAAGGUUGAUAGUUCUAAUGUGGCAGGUUUAAAGGCACCACAUCAUAGCCAAUUUAGACAAGAACUAUCAUUAGAUCCACUGUCUAAAACAAUUGAUUAUGAUAACUUCUGCAUGGCUGCUGAUAAUAUAACAUCAGUAGCUGAUUCUAAAACAGUGGAUAAUAAAACAACUAAGAGAAACCUGGUGUUUAAUUCAACUCAAAAUGAUAUAAGUAUGAUUGACACCAAUCAUGGUAUAAUAUCUCCAAUAUAUGCACAUUUGUCUAAGUCAAGACCCACAACUAAUCAUGAUCUUAAAAAUUCAAGCCCAGAUAUAUCGUUUUCUGAAGCAAUGGAUGAAAAUAAGUUGGUUAGUAAUCAAGGAACAAAUGAAUCUAAGUCCAAAAACAGGUACACCAUUCACUUUACUGCUACAGCAGAGGAUGCUAAAAUGGAUUUAACUAUGAUUAGCGAAACUAAUUCCAAAACCCAAUUGUUUGGUGAUUCUAUGGAGGAAACUAGACUUUGUGGGGAAAGGACAGAAACACAUUUUGUUGAUAAUCAUGGCACACAAAUAUGUACUGUUCCUUCAGAGGAAUUAAAUGUGUUUAAAAAUGAUUUAGUUUAUUCUCCACAAAUGGAUAACGCUAAAUCACAAAACAGACGCACAAUUUAUUUCAAUGCAUUUUCAAAAGAUGCGGAAAUGAAUUUGACCACUACUGAUGAGAAUGACUGCAAAACAACAGUGUUUAAUAUCCCGAUGGAUGAAACUGGAUUAUGUGCGGCGGAAACAGGUAUAGAGGUACACCCUGAGAUUUUUCAACCAGCCAAUAUGAACUUGAGUAAAGUUGCUGAGCCUCAUUCCAAAACAUGCAUGUCUAAUAAUCCAAUGCAAGAAACCACGGUUGAAACACUGAUCAAUGUGGGCUCAAAAUCAAAAGUUAAGAACUCCAUUCUUUUCAAUUCCACUUCACAAGAUGCUGAAAUGGAUUUCACUAACAUUAACAUUAAUCACGCAACGAAAUCAUUCAAUCCUGGGUUGGAGAAAACUGGCCUACUGCUGACCCAAGCGGAAACUGAUCUUCAUCAUUUUAUAACAAAUAAAUCUCAAGUGCUAGAGAUUAAUGAUACUCUAGGGAAUCUUCAUAUCGAUUUAACUAAAUCUGCCGAAAACAAUGACGAAACUAAAAGGAUUGAUGACAUAUUGGAUAAAUUAGGAAUUGAAUUGAGUGCAAAUUUGAAAACCGAUAAAAAUUGGACAAAAAACAAUCACACUAUAUAUUUCAAUACUACAUCCGCGGAUGCUGAGAUGGAAGAAACAAAAUUUGGUGCAAAUGAUAAUAAAACACAGUUGUUCAAUUUUUCGAUGGAUGAAACUGGGCUUUAUAUGGCAGGGAAGGAAAAUGAUUUGGUUCAUACAGAAAACGACAAUCUUAAAGCACAGAACGUAGAUGACAAUAAUAUUAAAACUCAAUUAUUAAACGUUCCAAUGGAUGAAACUAAGUCUCAAACACGAACGUUUGAUGUACAAAUUGAUAAAAUUAGACAUAAAAUUGAAACAGACUUGUUUGAAAAUCCAGAAACCGAUAUAGGAGUAGCCAAAAAUUGGCGCACCAUCCACUUUAAUGCUACUUCUCCGAAUGCUGAAAUGGAUGAAACUAAGCUUGCUGAGAAGAAUUCCCAAAUACAAUCGAUAAAUAUCCCUAUGGAAGCAAUUAGGCAUGAAACCGAAUCAGACUUGCGUAAUAAUGCAGGCACAGAAAAAGAAAACGAACAAAAAAGGCACACUAUCUACUUUAAUACUGCUUCACAGGAUGCUGAAAUGGAUGUUACUAAGCUAUCUGAUAAUAAUUCGAGAAUACAAAUGAUGAAUAUUCCCUUGAAAAAAAUUGGACUUGGGACCGAAACAGAUUUGUAUGACAACGCAGAAACAGAUAAAUGUAAAGCACAGAAUAGGUACACCAUCCACUUUAAUGCUUCUUCACCGGAUGCUAAAAUGGAUGAAACUAAGCUUACUGAGAAUAAUUCCAGAAUACAAAUGCUGAAUAUUCCCAAGAAAAAAAUUGGGCUUGGAACCGAAUCAGAGUUAUAUGAUAAUGCAGAAACCGACAAAUGUAAAGCACCAAAUAGGUACACUAUCCACUUUAAUGCUACUUGUCCGGAUGCUGAAAUGGAUGAAACUAAGCUUGCUGAGAGUAAUUUCAAUAUACCAUCAAUAAAUAUCCCUAUGGAAGAAAUAGGGCAUGAAACCGAAACAGACGUGUGUAAUAAUGCAGACACAGAUAAAACAAGCGCACAAAAAAGGCACACCAUCUACUUUAAUGCUGCUUCACAGGAUGCCGAAAUGGAAGUUACUAAGCUUGCUGAGAAUAGUUUCAGAGUACCAAUAAGGAAUAUUCCCGUGAGAGAAAUUGGGCUUGGGACCGAAACAGAUUUAUAUGAUAAUGCAGAAACCGAUAAAUGUAAAGCACAAAAUAGGUACACUAUCCACUUUAAUGCUACUUCUCCGCAUGCUGAAAUGGAUGAAACUAAGCUUGUUGGGAAUACUUCCAAAAUACAAUUGAUAAAUACCCCUAUGGAAGAAGUUAGGCAUGAAACCGAAACAGACUUGUGUAAUAAUGCAGGCACAGAGAAAGAAAGCACACAAAAAAGGCGCACCAUCUACUUUAAUGCUGCUUCACAGGAUGCCGAAAUGGAAGUUACUAAGCUUGCUGAGAAUAAUUCCAAAAUACAAAUGCUGAGUGUUCCCAUGAAAGAAAUUGGGCUUGGAACCGACACAGAUUUGUCCGAUAAAUGUAAAGCACAGAAUAGGUACACCAUCCACUUCAAUGCUACUUCACCGGAUGCUAAAAUGGAUGAAACUAAGCUUGCUGAGAAUAAUUCCAAUAUACAAUUGACCCAUAUCCCUAUGGAAGAAAUUAGGAAUGAGACCGGGACGGACUUAUGUGGUAAUGUAGAAACAGGAAAAGGAAAAGCAUCAAAUAGGUACACCAUCCACUUUAAUGCUACUUCUCCAGAUGCUGAAAUGGAUGAAACUAAGGUUGCUGAGAAUAAUUUCAAAUUACCAUCAAUAAAUAUCCCUAUGGAAGAAAUUAGGCAUGAUACCGAAAUAGGCUUGUGUAAUAAUGCAGGCACUGAAAAAGAAAGUGCACAAAAAAGGCACACUAUCUACUUUAAUGUUGCUUCACAGGAUGCUAAGAUGGACGAAACUAAGCUUGCUGAGAAUAAUUCCCGAUUACAAUUGGUCAAUAAUCCGAUAGAAGAAUUUAGGCUGGAAACCGGGGCAGAUUUGUGUGGUAAUGGAGAAAUAGAAAAAGGUGAAGCACGAAAAAGGUACACCAUCCACUUUAAUGCUAUUUCGCCGAAUGCUGAUAUGGAUGAAACACAAGUUGUUGAGAAUAAUUCUAUAAUACAAUUGUCUGAUGUUUCCAUGGUGGAGACCAUGCUUAAUGAGGCAGAAAAUGAAAUGGAUGUCAUUCCUGGGCACACAUCAGAUAAUUCUAAAAUCGAGAUUAAUCACAUCUCUAAAUAUUUCCAAGAUGAAAUGUCCACAAUUCUUUUCACCACACCUUUAAUAGGUGCUAAGGAGGAUACCACAAUGAUUGUAGAAAAUUCACUUCAAUCAGAGAAGAAAUCAAUUAGUCAUAUUGUCAAUGCGCCUAAUUCUAAAAGCCCUGCAAAUAUGAAUGAUUUGAAUGUGUCGAGGGGAGAAACCCAAGUUCAUGUUGCUGACACAGAAAUACACCAAAUCACCGAUCAUUUAAAGGCAGAUGUAACUAUGCGAAAAACCGAAACAGGCAACUGCAAAAAACAAUUAUUUAAUAUUCAUUUGAAUGAAAUAUCAUCUUCUUCAAACACCAAUAAUUUCAAAUCUCCUGACGUUGGGAGUGUAAAAUAUGCCAUGGAGAACGAUAAACCCUCACAAAGUGGUCAUAUGUACGUGGAGGAUUGCACCAACGAUUUUGCAAUGUCGGGAAGUAGCAAUUACAAUAAGCCAUAUGAAGGAGAAAAACAAGCCAGUAUUACUGAAAUAAAUGAAAAUCAUGCUGAUAAGCAGGUUGAGAUUGACUUAACUUUGUAUAAAACUAUUGAAGAACCGAAAGACGCAUCUUUUAUUGUGAUAGGUGACGAUAGCAUUAGUUUGAUUAGUGAAAUGCCACCUAUAUUUACGCCCGACAAGAGCAAUUUGGAUCUUAAAAGGUGUUUUGACCUUUCGCCUGCAAGUGUUGAAAAGCAAUCAAAGAGAGUAGACAUCAAAAAUCAAGAUUUUCAUAUUAAAUCAACGAUUGCACAAUACACAACUACCAAGCGAUACAGUUCAGACUCGCCUUACUGCAAAUCAAAGAUUCCAGCAAAGAAAAUGGAUCUCAAAGAAACGCCGAUUAAGAUAAGCAACAUACUACAGUCAUACCCGGAAUUAAAUGUGAAUAUAGAAGACGAUGCGGAAGAAAUUGAUAUCGAUGAGUUGAGAAUUCAAAAUGUCGAUUUUGAACUUGAAGUUGAUGGUAUUGCCAAUCGUGAAUUGUUAGAGGCACGGAGACAGUCAACAAAAGCACAACUAGAUGCAUUAGAAUCAUUGGAAGCAGAAUGUCGACGAUACCUUAAAUGUACUACUCUGCGGGGACAACAAUUGCGCGACGAACUUGAAAAUUUGAAACUUGUCGACAUUCAAAAGAUACAUGAAAAUAGAAUGUCCUUGGUAGACAAAGUUCAACAAAAAGCAAAAAGUCACAAUGAGUACCAAAUCAAUCAAAUUUCUGAAGAGUCUGUACAGUUGCUCGUUUUCGGAGGUGAAUUUGAAUUAACAAUUCAGAUUCAAAAAGAUACAGGUCUUGUGUUAUCGUUUGACGUAAACGAACCCUGCCCCAAGCCAGAUUCUCAUGCACUACUAAAAUGGAUGCACCAUUUUUUCCAUCAUAAAAUGGACCCUCGAAGUAUCCAAUCAUACAUAGGAAGUAACUUUAGUAUACUCUCACUGUUGGACUAUUUGGAGUUACAACUGGGCGAAUUCAGCGAAAUAUUCGUAUCUGUUUUUAACUCAAUGAUACUGUACAAUACUCGAUUAGAUGAUAAAUAUCAAUUGUCAUACCGAUAUUUUACUUCAAGAAUGGAUGUUGAAAUUACUCUCGACUUGAGCCAGUUUAAUAUGGAGAAGGUUCUGGUUGCACCGAUUAUUCGUGAGGGCCCAGCGCGAAUGAAGAAAAUGCUUGAGAUAAUUAAUACUGCUACAAGGGAUAACCGGUUUCCGCUUAAUUGCAUUAGAUCGCUACACGAGUUUUUCGAGAGUUUUACUAGUUCUUAAUGCAUAUAUUAUAAAUAAUUAUAAGGUGUUUUGCUACAAAAGGGAUUCAUUCCCAUUUUAAUUAUCAUGUACAUAAUUUACACGUUUAUACAUUCAAAGAUAAAAUAUGAAAGAAUGCUGUGCUAUUGUUUACCUGAGCAAA